UAAUUCGAUCACUUUUUUUUUCCUUUUGCUAUUAGUAUACCUCCAUCUUUUACAUCCCACCACCAUAUAGUGCUUCCUCCGUUUCGUACAUCUUGUCUGCAUAUCCCCCUACUUCCCAAAACUUAUCAAACCCCCCUCUCUAUCUCUCUCUGUCUCUCUGCUUGCCUCAGGCUAACGCCAUUGAUACAGCCUCUUCUUCUUCUUCUAAACUUGGUUUACCUUUCGCCAUGUCUGGUUUAGUGGUCGCGGCUCUUAUUUUGUCCAUUGUUGGUCAUUCAAGUGCAACAUGGUGUGUGUGCAAGGAAGGAGCGGGUGAUGCAGUGCUACAGAAGACACUGGACUAUGCAUGUGGGGCUGGGGCUGAUUGCAACACUAUUCAUCAAAACGGGGGCUGUUACAGCCCUAACACCGUCAGGGCUCAUUGCAAUUACGCAGUUAACAGCUAUUUCCAAAAGAAAGGCCAAGCUCAAGGCUCCUGCGAUUUUUCUGGCACUGCCUCCGUUACUACUACUGACCCCAGCACUGCCGGUUGUGCUUAUCCUGCUAGUGCCAGUGCUGCUUCUACUAGCACAACUCCGGCGACGACGACAACACCCUCAACUGCCACGCCCGGCACAACCACCACACCGGCCACAACAACAACACCGUCCACAACAACCACCACCACCACUCCCGUCACUGGUUCCGGUUCUCCUUACAUAACAACUCCUACCGGUGUCCUGGGGCCGUCUGGAACCGGCAUCAACACCGACGUCAGUCACGGAGGGUUUACGCUCCGACGGACUAGUUUCUCCUAUUCCGUAGCAACCCUCAUGGUUUCAGGACUUGUGCUUUUACCAUGGGUUUGAAAAAACAGAGGAGAAGUGGCUUAUGGUUGUGGGGUACGUAGUAUCUGGUUCAUGUGGAGGUGCACAGGUGGGGUACUAUGCAUGUGAUGAUACUAUUAGUAGUAUUAGGAGAUGGGCUUCUGUUUCCUUUAAUUUUGGGGGUCCUUUUUGGUGGUUCUGUGGCUAUGCUCUUUCUUUCUCUCUGUGGUGUCUGUCUCUAGAUCGUUUGACUUGUUAAUUUGAUGCAACAGUGCACCCCAUGUUCCCAGUUAUAUAAAGUUUAGACUAUUUAAUUA